CUAGCUUACAGUCAUGUAAUAAAGUACGAAUAACCUCUGGUGACAUGUAUCAUUUAUUUUGUCACUUUGAUCGUUAUGUCUGUUUGUACGCAAUAGGUGAUUCAAAUGUUUGACGGAAUGAAGCGCAAAUUGACUGAAUUAUUCUCUCAAGGAUUGUGGAGGAGUGAAGAUGACAAACAAAAAGCUAUUUCAACGGUUUCCAAUAUGAAAGUAUCAAUAAUGGAUUCAGAAUCGUUGAGUGAGGAAUACAAAGGCCGAGAUAAAAUACUCGAAUUUCAGAAUAAACUUUCUGCAGAUAACUAUCUUAUAAAUGCAUACUACUCGAUGAAAGCUAAAUUUCUAACAUCAUUGAAGGCCACUUCGCGCAGAUACGAAUUACCUGGUUUCUUCACUUUCCAACCGCACAUAUUUGACAAAAAUCUUACCGUGGUUAUGACAUCCGGAUUAUUACAUCCACCGUUUCUAAAUACAUCACAAAUAAUGCCGGAAAAGUAUGGAAUUCUUGGUUGGCUUCUCGGUCGUCAGAUUAUGUCUGCAGUUUUCAGAAAUGAACACGUACAAAAUCAAUCAGAAUAUCAGUCAAAGUGUUCACCAAUGCUUCUACACCGUUAAGAACUCAACUGUGUUGUUUAUCAGAACAAAUCAACUCUGAAAGACUUCAGAAAGAAAAUUUGGAACAAUUGUCAGCUGGUAUAAAUGGUCUUAUGUUAUCGUUCGAAACAUACAAGAGAAGUUUAACUGGAACACGUGAAAGCUUAAAUGAAAUGAAGUUGUUUUUCUCAGCAUUUGCGAAAGUAAGUUAAGCACACUGUUCAAAAUUCAUUUGAACAAAAUCUCACUUUCCAACGAUUCAUGCUAAAUGUGGUGAGCUGUAGUCAAUAUUGAGCUUAGUAGUGGCACAUUU